UCGGUGGGGCCGAGCAGCCGCCAUGUCCGGGCUGGCACAGGCCCUGCGGCUCCGCGCAGCCCCCGGGCGGCUCUGGGCAGCCCGGCCGGGGGGCGGCGGGGCCGGGGCGCGGCCCUGGGGCUGGGGGCUGGCGCUGGGGCUGGCGCUGGGGGUGAAGGCGCCCACGGCGGCGGGCUGCGAGGCUGAGGGCGGGCGGGAGGCGAAGGGGAGCCCGCUGCCGCCCCCCCGGGACUUCGGCGCGGCCAUCGAGAGGAGCCGGGACCUGCUGCGGCGGGUGAAGGAUGAAGCGGGAAUCCCGGGCAUACUGGUUGGAGUUUCUGUAGAUGGAAAGGAAGUCUGGUCAGAAGGUUUGGGUUAUGCUGAUGUAGAGAAUCGUGUGGUAUGUAAGCCGGAGACGAUCAUGCGAAUUGCCAGUAUUAGCAAGUGUCUUACAAUGAUGGCUGUUGCUAAAUUGUGGGAAGAGGGGAAACUGGAUUUAGAUGCUCCGGUGCAGAAAUAUGUCCCUGAAUUUCCAGAAAAAGUCUAUGAGGGUGAAAAGGUCACUAUUACUACAAGACUGUUGGUUUCACACUUGAGUGGGAUUCGUCACUAUGAAAAAGAUAUUACAAAAGUAAAGGAAGAAAAGGAAAAGGCAAACAGAGUGUUUAAGCAAACAAAGGAUAAAGAACAAAAAGAAAAAGAAGGCAAAGAGAUUGAAAAGACUGAUUCUGCCAAACUGAGGAAAGAACAUGAAGGUGAGGUAAAAAGCCGAAAUUCAAAACCCGGCGGGAAAGACAAGGAAUUUGAACAAGAAGAGUAUUAUUUGAAGGAAAAAUUUGAAAGUGUGUUUGAAUCACUGAAGAUAUUUAAAAACGAUCCUUUAUUCUUUAAACCAGGUAGUCAGUUCUUGUAUUCAACGUAUGGGUUUACUCUUCUGAGCGCUAUUGUGGAGAGAGCUUCAGGUCAAAAGUUUACAGAUUACAUGCUAAAAAUGUUUCGUGAUUUGGAUAUGCUAUCAACUGUACUCGAUGACAAUGAAGCAAUGAUAUAUAACAGAGCAAGGUGUUACGUUUACAACAAAAAGGGACGGCUGGUAAACGCACCGUAUGUGGACAACUCGUACAAGUGGGCUGGUGGUGGCUUUCUGUCAUCAGUAGGUGACCUUCUGAAAUUUGGAAAUGCCUUGUUAUACAGCUAUCAAGCCGGACAAUUUAAAAGCACGAAUGGCAAACUUCUUCCAGGGUACCUCAAACCAGACACAGUCGCAAUGAUGUGGACCCCGGUGCCAAAAACAGAAGUGUCGUGGGACAGGGACGGUAAAUACGCAAUGGCUUGGGCUGUUGUAGAGAAAAAACAGCAAUGUGGCUGUUGCAGGCAGCAGAAACACUACGCAUCUCACACGGGCGGCGCAGUGGGGGCCAGCAGCGUCCUCCUCAUUCUUCCUGAAGAGCUGGACUCGGAAGCUAUAGGUUCCGGGCUAGUGGCACCACCCAGAGGAGUAAUUGUCAGUAUUAUUUGUAACAUGCAAUCAGUUUCACUCAACAGCACUGCCUUAAAGAUUGCGAGGGAAUUCGACAAAGAGAAGUGGGCACAAUAUAUAGAUUAAAAAAAGAGAUAAGAGUAAGUGAGCUCACUGUGCUGAAACACACACACGCACAAAAAAAGAUAAGAAAUUGGACUCUAGGGUCACUAAAAAUACGUGAAGAAAAAGCAUCCAGAAUUCACUUAACUUCUGCUAGUGGUGCUAAACCUAUGUGUAGCUGCAAUUCAUCUCUCAGGGAAGUUUCUAACAUACAGAAAAAGAGAAUGUAACAGUCAAAUUUGACUUCCUGUAACACCUGUGUAAAUCAUGAUUACUUUAGCAGGCUUCUUUUCUCAUCCAGUCAAGCGCUUGACCAAGGUUAAAAAGAAAAAAAAGGCAUUGGUUUCUUGCACUGAGAAGUACAACAACAAAUUAUCUACCUUAAACGUUAAACUUUUGAAAAAUGUCAUAUCUUGAUUUGAGCAUACAAAGACGUAAUUUGUUACUCUCAGAGUUCCAGUCUGCCAAAACUGUUCAGUAUUACUUUUCAAAGAAAAAUGGUUUUACUGUUGAUUUUUAUAUUUUCACAUAGUGCUUAUUUGCUUAAAAAGCAAAAAAAACCCAACAAAACCCAAAUCUUGAAGCUACCUCCAGAAUGCAGAUUCAUACCAGAAGUAGGCUCUUGUCAGAGCUGUGGAUUGUUAAGAAUUAGAAAGGAGUGAAGUCACGUAAGUAAAAAUCUUGCUGCUACUUAGAUAUCCUCUCUUCCAUUUUUAUUGGACACAGAGAAUGUGUGAAACUAGUUUUCUGUGAAAUAAGCAUAUUUCCACAGUUGAAUAUGCCUGAAUAGCACAUGGUAAGCUGUCAGACUGUCUUAUUGGUUUUGAAUGACACACUUGCUACCUUUGGUAGCCAGAAAUGGCACUGUAUUCUGCAAUGCAGAUAUUCCUUUAGGCAUAGGAAUGAGGAACUCAAAUAACUCAAUACAAUUUAAAGCCCAUUCUUGAAGCCAGUAGUAGAAGUCUCACAGACUUCGAGAGGUUUUGUGGAAAACCAUCCUUUUUUCCAUUUGGAGACCUGCCUCAUGUGGUACAUGGUUGAACAAGAAAGUGUGAGUUGCAAAGAAGCAGCUUCUAGUCUUUACUUUUACUAUAGGAAUACAAUGACAUCUGAAUAUGUUGAUUUUAUAUAUCCAUAAUGGCAUGGAAGAUCUCCAAGAUCUACCACCACCUCACACUUCCCCUGCAGUUACAUCAGACGGUAUUUCCAGGCUGAGACAAACCAAAUAACCUUCAGGAAAGGUUUGAAUAGAAUACUUCUGUCCCUGCAGUGUUUAGCAGCUCUGCUUCUCUGCGUGUAAGGAGCAAGAUGUCUUAGAUAACAGCGAACAGGAGACAAACUUAUCUGCCUUUUCCAUAAGUUAGUGCUUUUAGCGUUAACCUCAUAGUCGUUACCUGCCCUGUGAUGAAAUAACACGCUGUCACCUCUGUUAGCAGCACGCCCAUGAUAACGUUUAUUGCCCAAGAUUGGCAAACCCGGAAAUUGAACAUUUUGAGGCGUCAGUGUUUACCUACAUUUUUAAUUGAAGCUAGUAGGACUUGUGGACUCCUCUUCAUAAUUAUAAUAGUUCUUGUGCCUUUAAACAGUAAAAGCUUACACUUAAACUAUCUGCUUGGGUUUUAUGGCCCACUCUCCAAAACUGCACUUUUUUAUUCAUUAAUAAUGGGUUGUAUUUAUCUCAAUAAUAUAAAAUCAGUAGAGACAACAGAGAGAACCUUUCUGAAACAACUGUCAUUUGGUUGGGCAAUAAGUUAUCUGCUCUUCCACUGAAGUCUUUGAUAUUGUUUGACAGUUCCAAUACAGAAGUACUGGAGGUAGAUGAGCAUCUUCUGCAGUAGCAACGUUCUUGUUUUCUUCCAGUCAUGAGCACCUACAAGCUGGGUAAAAGUGCAGCUGCAGAAGUUAUUGCCCAUUUUACACAUGGAACUGGAGUAAGUAGGUCUGAGUUGUUUUCAUGUUGAAGAAUACAUGGAUACAGACCAAAUACAAUGUUUUAAAUAUAGAAAAUCUGAAAAGUAACUUAUUUUAGGAUUUCUAACAUACUUUUCUUGUGUGAUGCAUCUGUUUUGCAGAUGGUAUUUAUUAUUCUUGAAAACUGUUUCGUGUUCUUGAGAGAAGCCAAGUUUCACUCACCAUUGUGUUUGGGUUUCGACAAAAGAUUCAGAAUGUAGAAGGCACAGGUUUACCAUUGUGCUUGGCUGCACACGACCAAACUGAUAAAUGUAAAUAUUCGAACUAUGUAUGAAAGUGUUUGGGGUUGUCACAUGCAGGGACAGGAGUUGAACUCAAUGAUCCUUGUGGGUCCCUUUCAACUCAGGACAUUCUGUGAUUCUACGAAUAAUAGGAAGUCUAAGGCAUUUCUAACACCAAAAUAUUAAUGACAAUGUCUCACUCCUCUCAUAGAGUAUGUUUAGCCACCAACUUUCUAUAUGCAUACCUUGUUCUUUAUCUCCCAUAAUGUAAAGCUUUUAAAAAACCCUCUGUUGUCACAUGUACAGUAUGGGAGAUGCUAUGAUGUCUAAUUUUCAUCUUCCAGUACCUGGAAUAGAAUGGGUCACUGACUUUCUCUGAUUUGGUAUUUACUUAAUAAUGAGUUCUUAUUGUUUAUGGUGGGGGAAGAGAAGGCAGAGAUCUGGGAGACCAGGAAUCAGUUUGGCCUGAGCACAUGUAUUCAGGUCGCAAGUGAAUUAAUAUUGCCGCUUUGAUCUCUCUCUGAAAUCAGGUAUUUGAUGGGCUGGCAUUAAGUGUGGGAAACUGGUCAAUUCAGAGCAGCUUUCAUGAUAAACUUGCUCUUAAAUGAAACUUCAUUGUGAAAACAGUAUGGUACUGACAUGAAACUGUACUUUUCUUAAAAGGCAUGUAUACUACAUUGGUGCAUCUAUUUCUGUACCAAGCAUCUACUUUUUGUAUCUGGUAAUUAUAAAUGUUCACUGUUUGAAUUAACUGAAAUAAAACAUCUUGCAAAUGCAACAAAUUAUAA